AUGUCAUCGGCGCAGGCGCCUAUGCAAGUGCCCUCGACAACCGCAAUGACGGAGCAACUCUCACAAAAACAGCAGCCAGGGAGUGGGAGCAAGGCACCUGCGGCUGCGCCAGCCGCGGCAGGCAAGAAAGACUAUAAGGGGUUUGUUGCGGGGGUGUUUUCGGGUAUCGCGAAGCUAAGUGGUAAGUCGAUCCCCAAAUUGAGGGGUUGCGAAGCGGUUCAACCCCACAGAGAGGGGUUAUGGAAGGAUGUCAAUGCUAAUUCUGCGCUUUUUAGUUGGCCAUCCGUACGUCAUCCCCGUUUCCUCAAACUCCGUGCGGCCAUUCAAAAUAGUGGGAAUAACAAGGAUUCUGUGAAUAGAUUUGAUACGGUCAAGGUUCGCCUCCAAACCAGCAAAGAUGCACAAUUCCGCGGCCCGUUGGACUGCACGUUGCAGACCGUACGCAAAGAGGGCGUGCGGGGAUUGUACAAGGGAGCUACACCACCGCUGGUCGGAUGGAUGGUGAUGGACUCGGUCAUGUUGGGGUCUUUGACCCUCUACCGACGGUUACUUCUCGAAAACGUCUUCUCUAAACCGCACAUUCGCCCGUGGAUCCCCUUCUCUCGCAGCCAGCCUGAUCCCAACACCCUGCCGUCAUUUGGUCAUGGAAUUGCAGGCAUCAUGGCCGGCACGACGGUCAGUUUUAUUGCUGCGCCCGUCGAGCAUAUCAAGGCCCGUCUCCAAGUCCAAUAUGCUGCAGACAAAACCAAGCGCAUGUACAGUGGGCCAAUUGACUGUCUCCGCAAGAUGCUCCGUACACAUGGCAUUCGCGGAGUAUACCGUGGACUGUUCGCAACCAUCUUGUUCCGCUCCUUUUUCUUCUUCUGGUGGGGCUCCUACGACAUCCUCACUCGCUAUCUGAAAGACAAUACCAAAAUGUCGGCCCCUGUUAUCAACUUCUGGGCCGGCGGCAUUUCCGCCCAGAUCUUCUGGCUCACGUCAUACCCAUCCGAUGUCGUGAAGCAGCGCCUCAUGACCGACCCUAUGGGCGGCGCCCUCAAUGACGGCCAAAGACAGUUCCACAGCUGGAAGGAUGCUGCGCGGGCUGUCUGGCGCGAACGUGGGUGGAGAGGCUACUGGCGGGGAUUCGUACCAUGCUUCCUUCGGGCGUUCCCGGCGAACGCAAUGGCCCUGGUUGCAUUCGAAGGAGUGAUGCGGACCCUGCCAUGA